AUGUCUCAGCAACAACCACCUCAAUCGCAAUCCCAACACGACGACCCGGACUCGCAACCGAUGGACUCACAGCCGACGAGCGUGGCCAUGCCAGCCGCGCCGAGUUGGUUGGGCGGCGCCGCGGGCGUGGGAUUCCUGGUGACGCGCAUCGGCUCCUCUGACGCUAAGGUCGCCGCCGCGGACGCCGCCAAGUUACUGCUCGCGGCGAAAGACCCGUGGCUGAAGUACUCAAAGGAGAAGAACGCGUACGAGGACGUCGUGGCGGUGGAGAUUCCGGACGCGGAUAACUGCGCGCUCGUCUCGUUGACGCCGGCGCGGCACGAAACCGACGUGAGCCGAUUGGGUACGUGGAUCAUGGAACAACUCUCAUCUGGGGCGGAUUGGACGAAGGCGGAAGGUGUUCGACCGACGCACGUAUCACGAAUGAUUCCCGUCGAAGGGACGUGCGAUGAGCUGGACUUGAUCUCGUUGGCGGCGAACGUGGUGCCCAAACAUUUGGAGACGAUUCGACGCGAAGGAUUACGAAGCGCCACGUACGAGGUGAUUUACGAAGAGCACAAGCCAUCGUUACAUUUGCUCCCAUCCGUGGUGAACGCUGCGAUCGGCGAGUGCCUUCCGGACGGCUACGUGGUCGAUCUCAAGUCACCGAGUCACUCGGUCUUGUGUCUCGUGCAAGGAAACACGUGCUUUCUCUCCGUCGUUCACAAUUACCGAGACAUCGCGAAGCACUUCGCCGUGCACAAGGCGCUUUCGGCCGCUGCUGCGUGA